GACAUAGGGUAGCUCAUGAAUUCAUGUGUCCUGCGUUCAUCUAAAAACAUUUUCUGAUGGAUUUCUUGAGUGUGCCAUUUUGGAAUAAGGUAAGGGGUGUUGGCUUUGUUUGCUCAUCAUAGGAUUACGAUUUUGGAGACACUAGGGUGUUAAAUCGUUUUUAUGGCUCUCAGAUUACAGUAAGACUGUUUUAAAACCAUAUUUACACUGCUUACGUUGUGAAAAGGUCGCACUAUUGUUUUUUCUCGAAUGCCUGUGCUUUAACAUUUCACCAGUGAUAUUUCUAAAGACUUACGUCACGGCAAAUGCGCACGUGCCCGACGGAAAUCGCCGCAAAUGACUGAAUCUCGUCAAUUCUGAGCUGACUUUCAACGAGGAAAGGGUUCAUGGUGACGUUCGCUUUAUUUCUUGCUUUUUUUCUCGGAUGUUCUGCAGCCUCUCCUGCUGGAGAAUGACCCCCCCUCAGCGCCUGUCGGAAUGCCGUUUCUCUCCGCGUGCACAAGGGCCACGCGCCAGAUGGCCACAUCAUAACCGACUGUGAUACUUGAUCCUAUUGCACUAAAGCUGGACCCUAACUUUGCUGAUCUGAUGGAUUUAAAGAGGGUGCUGUCCUUUCCUCCAUAUCCAGGGGAUUAUUUGCACCCAGUGGUGUACGCCUGCACUGCAGUGAUGCUGCUCUGCCUGCUGAUUUCUAUCAUGACAUACAUUGUACACCACAGCAUAAUCCGAAUCACUAGGAAAGGAUGGCACAUGCUCCUCAACUUCCUCUUUCACACUGCCAUGACGUUUGGGGUGUUUGCAGGAGGCAUCAACCAGAUCAAGUACCCUGUGAUCUGUCAAGUGGUUGCCAUUAUCUUGCACUACUCCUCCCUCUCUAGCAUGCUAUGGCUGCUCUUCACUGCCAGGAAUAUUUGCAAGGAGGUGUCCAAGGCUCCACCCAUACCUCAGGACAGGGACCCCCCCAACCAACCACGCCCUAAAACCACUAUCUUCAGGUUUUAUCUGGUCAGUGGUGGGAUCCCUCUAAUUAUAGUGGGCGUUACGGCUGCUGUUAGCUUGGAUAACUACGGUAGCAGAGAUGACGCCCCUUACUGUUGGAUGGCCUGGGAGCCCAGUCUUGGGGGCUUUUAUGGUCCCACUGCCUUCUUGGUCUUGGUAAUGUGCAUCUACUUUCUAUGGAUAUUUGUGCAGCUAAAGCGGCACCCUGAGCGCAAGUAUGAGCUCAAGGCCAUGACCGAAGAACAACAGCGUCUAGCUGUAGCUGAAAUCGGCCAUUGCCACGCUGUCAGCGGAGAACCUGGUGAGCACGGCGAUCACACAGGCUGCACAGCCAUCACAGCCUCCAUGCUGGCCAAUGAACACUCUUUCAAAGCUCAGCUGAGAGCCACCGCCUUUACUCUCUUCCUCUUCCUGGCCACCUGGGUUUUCGGAGCAUUGGCUGUAUCACAGGGCCAUUUUCUAGACAUGAUCUUCAGCUGCUUAUACGGAGCGUUUUCAGUCACAUUGGGGCUUUUUUUGCUGAUUCAGCACUGUGCAAAACGUGACGACGUGUGGCAUCGGUGGUGGGCCUGUUGCCCCAACAAACCAAAGUUGGAGGUCAACGGAGAACCGGCGGGGAACGCUGCUCCUCCUACUCAGAGUCACAGCCAUACACCAUCCCACGGGCAGAACCAAAUCCACUGCCAGGUCGACUCGUCCUGCCUGGGUAAACCUUUGCUUUCUCCGCACCUACAUUCCCCUUUGCCGCACUGCAAAUUGGAUACUCUGCCCUCCACCCAGAACCACAUGAGCACCUGCUGUGCCACCCUUCACAGCCCCUCUUCCUUAAUCGGGAGCACGACUCGCCCACAGUCCCUCCCUGAUGAACUGCCCCGGCCAACCCUUCCCCUGCAAAGCUGCCUGAAGGACAGGUCUAAGACUCGUUCCUUCAACCGACCUCGGCCCUGCCUCAGGGACUAUUCUUAUCACAUGACCUCCACUAGCAUGGACGGCAGUGUGCAUAGCUCCCACCUGGACAGCCCCCACAGCGUGCACCUGGACAACCCUCUCACCUGCCACACGUCCCACUUGGACACUCAACUCUCUUGUCACAGCCCCCACCCAGACAACCAGCUGCGCUGCCCCAGUCCCAGUCCUCACUUUGAGAGUUUGGCUUCGCACGGUCUUCACGAUAGCUUUUCCUGCCACAGCGCACUCUUAGACAGUCAGCUCUCGUGCCACAGACACAUGUGCUGUGCUAAAGCAGACCCAUUCUCGAGCAUAUGCUGCCAUAAAGCUGACCCAUUUGUCAGCCCUUGCCAGGCGGAGGAUCCUGACAAGGGUCCGCUGGUGUACAGUUGUGCAAAAAUGGCAGAUAAAGAGGACGAAACCAUGCUGCAUUUGGAUACAACCCCUCCGAAGGCCACUCUGGUGAGCUCCCAGGCCACGCUUAGCAGGAAAGGCACCCUCAGCCGGAGAGGGACACUGAGUCGGAAUAGUAGUCAGCAUGAGGACUACGUACUUACCUCUGAUUCCACAGGUAACAUUAGGACUGGACCUUGGAAAAACGAGACAACCGUGUAGGCCUGUGAAUGAUGUGCUAACCUGUUUCUCUCGCCUGAACUAAACUACUGUGUAGUCCCAGGGCUGUUACCCAAAGGCCCUCUCUUCUUUGAGCUAAGCUACUGUGUAGUCCCUCUGCUGUGACUUCCCCUUUCUCACCUGCCUCAUAUACCUUCUCUUCCCCUUUAAAGAGAUUUGAACCUCUGGUUACCUCUUCUCAGACUUCAUCUCAUGUCUCAUCCCAGCGCUAUUUGGUUUGUACCCUUGCCAUUUUGAUAUGGCAGCAAAGAUCACGACAUACAUUUUAAUUUGGAAGAUUUUUAAUAAUCAAACUGAUUUUUGUACACGUGUUUUGGGGUAUGGUAACAUAAUGUGAAAUUAUGUCGUUGUGGAUGUGUGAGUGUAUGUGUGUGUGUGUAUGUGUGUGUGUGUUUAGUAGGUGAGAAAGUACUGAGUGCAUGUGUUUGUGUCUAUUUGCAUGUGACAACAUGCUUGUGUGUAUAUAGAUAGCAAAAUUUCUAUUUGUGCAAGAAAAGUUCUCUGUUCUAGAGCCAAAAUCUCCCACAUUUGUGUUUAGCCUUCUAAUAAAAAAAUGCUAAAUGGAUCGCCAAGUGUGAAAACAUCAGCACUUAAUUAGAUUUUUACUUUAAAAGGAAAACUGUGAAUUACCACUAAUGAAAUUCAAGAUUAAUCAAUGAACAUAUGAGUUACAGUAUAGGUGCCAAACUGUUUAAUAAUUAAAAUGCAACUGAAAUCUACCUGAAAGUGCAAAGUAGUUUGUGAUUAUGUGGAUAAUGGUGAGUGGUUGUCACAACGAAGCUGUCAUUUUUUUUUCAUCUACAGACAUAAAAGCAGCAAACAAAUAGGCUCCCUGUGUUUCCAUGGUGACAAAUCAUGAAGAGAGGUGCCCAGUCAGAAUGCAUUUGAACUGCACAUGUGAUGUAUGCACAUACAGUAUUUAAUUACUGGCAAAGAUGCGCAGAUCAGUUCAAGUCAAUGGCCUUACAGAACGUAUCAGUUUUGCAUUGAUCAAAAGUCUUGUGUUGCACUAAAGCAUUAAAGCAUGCACACCAUAAUGUAGGAAGCAAUCAUUUACAUACCUAACAAACUACAUAUAGCUACAUAUAUUCAUGUGAUCGACAGGAACGUGUCUUUGCUUAUUGUAAAUACUCAUGGUUAUUUAUUCUGAGGCAAAAAAUAAAUAAAUGGAGGGCUUCACUUUCUACAUUAGAAGAAAGGUUUCUCAUUAACAGUUUAUAUCACUGUGCCAACUCACCUUGCUCACAAAAAUGGUAUGAUUUAACUUGAUGGAACCUCAUCUGUCAAACAAGCAGUGAGUAAAUGAAAACAAAAAGG